AUGUCUUCCAACAGAUUAUAUGAACACGCCCUCUUCAAGAUCAGAAAUGAACAUCUCUCAAAGGACGAGAGUGUUUCUCUUGCGUACCAGCGUGCUAAACUAGUCGUACGAACAUAUCGCUUGACUGCGGCAGAUGUGGAGCACUGCUCUCCAAAGUUCUGGAGUAUGAUGACAGACCCCAUCUGCUCUUUGGACAUAGCAAUGUUCACCAUUCUUGCGGCUCAUGUCGGCCUCACGAUUGGUACCCUUUCACGUCAUCUCAAGAGGCGACCUGACUUGCGGCCUUUGGUCGACCGACUUUUGAGGUUUGAUACCGUCGGUAUUUACCUACUGACAGAGCGUGGCCACGGUCUGGAUGCCUUCAAUAUUGAAACCACCGCCACAAAAACCAAGGAUGGUUUCAUACUGCACACACCUCGUGAAGAGGCUACCAAAUUCAUGCCAGCAUCCACUCCUUCUUUCGGCAUCCCGAAGGUUGCUUUGGUGAACGCGAAACUGAUUGUGGAUGGCCAAGAUCGUGGCGCACGGUUUUUUAUUGUGCCAAUUUGCAACGAACAUGAAAUGUAUCGUGGAGUAAUUUCAACUAGGUUGCCCACGCGCAGUGGCACGAAUCCACUCGACUUCUCUAUUACACAGUUCAAUAAUGUCCAGCUUCCUCCCACAGCCCUGGUUGCGUCAGACAUUACAGAUCUCGCACCUCCAGAACGGCCUUUGGAGGCGUGGUGGGAUGAGGUCUGGAGAAUUCAGCUUGGAACAAUGGCUGUCCCCGCGCCCUGGAUCAAUGCAUUGAAGGCUACCGCUUUCAUUGGGGGCCGUUACUCUAUGCACAGGUCUAUCAUUGGAAAGACUUCCAACACUCCAAUCAUUUCCUUCCGCACGCAACAGUGGCCAGUGCUAAAUGCGACAGCAGUCGCAAUGGUUAUGGAUAAUUGGUUCCCUCGCUCGAUCAAGUUUGCCAUGACAGACACUACGGAUGACCGCGUCAGGCAUGCCAUGUCCGUCAUCGUGAAAGCCACCGUAUGUCGACACUUCCAACGGUGUGUCCCAGAAAUGGCAGAACGUUGUGGAGCCCAGGGAACCUUCGAACACAACUACAUGGCGAAGAUUGAGAAUGACGGUAAGGGUGUCAUUAUCGCAGAAGGGGAUAUUUUGACGCUCUGCAUCCGGCUGUUCUCCGAGUUAUUACUAGGACGCUACACAGUUCCAAUGCCCUCGGCAAGCAACUCCCUUCUGGCACAGCACGCUCUCGGGCUUAUGAAGGAAAACACAGAAAUACUUCGCUUCCUUGGCGACCAUCGCAGUGAAUCCUUCAAUUCACUUGUCCUGCCACAAUCUCAAGCAGUCAUCGAAGCCAUUGGCCACGCCAUGGCUUAUGCCGCAGCUGGAGAGGCAAAAAUACCUCAGCCUAUUCUGGACAUUUAUGAGUGCUCUGUCAUUCGCCAAGAUCCAGCUUGGUACUCCGAGAAUGUUGGUCUAAAUCGUAUGGCUCAGCGUCGCCGAGAAGAUGCAGCGGUCAAGGCCGCUCUCCCUAAUUUGAACGCCUAUCUUGAUGCACUUCGUAUAGAGGACUAUGUGUCUGCUCCUAUCGUCUCGGAUGAGGGAUGGAAGAAGUAUGUCGACUCGCUUCCCAGACACACUGGUAAUGCGACUGUCGAACCUCAACAAAUUCAACACACGCAAGCAAUGUUGUGA